UAUGUAAACAGUUCGCUGACAAGCUGACCCUUAUAGCUGGAUAGCGUAGUUGCAGCUGAAGUUUUUGUUACUCAACCGUACAACAUAUUUGUUACAAACUACGUACAGGGUUCAAGAAAAACGAGAAAUUCAGGAUUCAAGACGGAGCCUUUCUCAACAGAAGCGAGCGGUAUUUUGGCGCUACUUGUCCUACCAGACGUGCCGGCGUCGACAGGCUAACACUGAAAUACGAUGUCCUCAAAAGUCCGCCUCUCCCCAUGUACUAGUGGUAUUUCUUGGGCGUUGUUUGUGAUUCUUGCAGUCAGCCACCUGUCACGGGGAGCGGAGAACUGUCCCGUGUCCACAGAAAGACUGGUACAAAACCAGUACCCAGGUUGCGUGUGCCUUCAGGAGUUCGUCGGCGGGCUGAGGAGCCCCGUGGCCAUGCUCCAGCCUGACGACGGCACGGGACGGUUUUUCAUCGUGGAGCAGAUCGGAGUGGUGCGGGUGGCAGACAAGUACGGGCGGCUGCGGAGAGAACCGCUCCUGGACCUGACCAGGAGGGUGCUGACGUCGGACGCAGCCGGGGACGAGCGGGGGCUACUCGGCAUGGCGCUUCACCCGCGGUACAAGGACAACGGCUACCUGUACGUCUACUACACCACCGAGCAGGGAGGAACACGCAGGACCGUGGUGUCCAGGCUAAACGUUUCCGACGACGAGAACUUGAAGGAGCAGGCUGACCCUCGUUACGAGAAGGUGCUUCUGGAGAUCGAGCAGCCGGGCAAUCGGAACAACGGCGGGCAGCUGCUGUUCGGACUGGACGGGUUCCUGUACAUAUUUGUGGGAGACGGGGGAGGGGCAGGCGACACCGCAGGCGACAGGUCUUCCCUGUUGGGUAAGGUCCUGCGGAUCGACGUGGACGGAGCGGGCCCGGAGCGGCCGUACGGCAUCCCAACAGAUAACCCGUUUGUUUCCGAAGUCCUGUGGCCGGACGCCAGGCGAGAGGUGUUCGCGUUUGGCCUCAGGAACCCCUGGAGAUGUUCACUGGACCCUGGAGUCGACGAAGGAGCCGGUACAGGGCGCAUCUUCUGUGGAGACGUGGGAGAGUCGGGGUAUGAGGAGAUCAGCAUCAUCAGUAAGGGUAGGAACCACGGCUGGCCGGACAGGGAGGGGUACACAUGCCAGAACACUGGCAACUGUGCUGGGGACGACGUCCUUCCCAUUGACGUGUACGGCCGAACAGAAGGGAGGAGGGCUGCGGUGAUCGGCGGUGUGAUGUACCGGGGGUGCGGGGUGCCCGAUGUGAGAGGGCUGUAUCUGUAUGCCGACUAUCUAGGCUUGAUGAAUAAGGAACUUUUCUACCUUGACGAGCAGCCAAACGGAUCGUGGAUGAACGGGACUGUCUGUGUGCUGAACAACCGAGAGUGCGUGACCAACCUUCAACCGUCAGUAAAAACCGAGGAUCACUUCAUUCUGGGCUUCGGACAGGACUUCUCAGGUGAGGUUUACCUGCUGACGACCACCAGCCCCGUCGUGUCCCAGCGUACAGGGAGGAUCUUCAAACUCGUGGACCCCCGUUCUACCGCCUGCCCUGUGUGCGGGCUGUCCCUGGCGUUUUUACUGUCACUCGCUGCGUUGGUAAUCACAAUGAGCUCUGCUGUAUAGAAAUAUAUAUUUAUUUCGUCGGUGAAGGUCAGACAUCCAGAUAAUUAGAUACGUCAAAAACAGUUACUCAAGCAGCUGAUUUUGGAAAGUCAGACGUUUCAGGUAGCAACCACUACCUUUCGUCAAUGACUUGCGGUAUACAUUUAUUUCACUCGCGCAAGUUAAGAAAGGAUCGGAAAACAAGCAUCUUUGAUUUAUGCAAUCGCGCGAAUACUGGUACAUUUCCUCUAGGAUGGAACAUUGUAUGUAAUGUAAACAAUAAUGAAACAACAAAGAGACCAAGAGUUUGAAACUAAAACUAAAAAAGAGGACAGAGCUGGUGUGUGGUUUGUAAAAAAUAUUGCGUUACUUGUACAGUUGUUUUAAGUAUGGACGAUAUUGAGGAUAUGUCAGUGGGAUAAGUAUGUAAGUGUAGUGGAGUCCUGGAGUAACAAAGGACAUACAUAAUGUACUGAUGAUGUACUAUACUGUCGUUUCUGACAAACCUUUAGAUGUGAUUAGUAGCCAUAUAAUGUACAAUUGAUGUGCAGUUCUCGAAUUGCCCGCAGAGAUUCUAAACAUUUGAAGAAAAUGUCCGACGAUUUACAUCAUGUAUUUCAUGCCGUCAUUUAUAUUGUACAGUUAUGAACUACAAGUAAGGAUUGCUGAAUAAGAACAGCUGCAAAGCUAGAUGAUGCAGUAUUAAGAUUACGUUAUAUGUUAUAUUAUAUGUUUAUCCCCGUCAAUCUUUGAAGGUUGACCGACGCGAAUAUAUGUACAGUAUAUAUACAGUGUAUCACUGAUGACAAUAUAUGGACCUAUCCUUGGUGCUGAACUUCAGGUGCAACUCUAAAUCGGGACAUUAUUUACUCGUUAUUUCAGGAAAUGCUUGUCCUCGUCUGCUGCUACUAGCACGGAAUAAAAC